CUGCAGCCCCUGCGUCUGCAGUCCUCCCAGAAGGUUCCGGCGGCCCGGUUCCCCUGCAGAGUCCGGCUGGAGAACGGGAGGCGCUACGCCUGGUGCUCCUGCGGCCACAGCCAGAAGCAGCCGUUCUGUGACGGGGCCCACCGGACUAAGGCCCCAGACAUGGCCCCCCUGCGCUUUUCCCCCGAAAAGGACGGGGGGGCGCUGCUCUGCGCCUGCAAAGAGACGCGCACCCCCCCCUACUGCGACGGGUCCCACCUCAGGGUGCUGCUGCGGGACCUGCUGGGGGCCGCCAGGCGCCUCUUUAAAUGA